GGCCUCUAAACUACCACCAGCUCAAAACGAAUUGGAGCCACAUAUAACCAGAUCCAAAAAGUUCCUUGUAAAUUCAAAAGAAAAGAAACACGGAACAAGGAAAAAAAAUCUUCUGCUCCCUUUAUUGCAACUUUAAAUUCCAUAUUCAGUUCUGACAUAGUUAUAACUUUUCGGAGCUUUCUAGGUUGUACUAAGAUAUCAAUGUCAACUUCUUGUGCCACUGUCAGAACUGAAUGCUUGAACUCAGUUGGUAAUAGGUUAGCUGUGCCUGCAAGAAUUAAUCAUUUCAGGGGCAAAUGUGAAUUGAAUAGAAGGAAUUUUGCUUUGAAUGGAAUUGUUGCUGCUGGAGCUUCAGUUAUGACCCCUUCUGUAGUUGCUGAACCAUCUAAAGGUCUGGAUAAACUACCAUUUAAGCCAGAGGGGUACAACUAUUGGACGUGGCGCGGCCACAAAAUUCAUUAUGUUGUGGAAGGAGAAGGGUUCCCAGUAGUUCUGAUUCAUGGAUUUGGUGCUUCAGCUUUUCACUGGAGGUAUAACAUACCAGAACUGGCUAAAAAAUACAAGGUUUAUGCUGUGGAUUUGAUAGGAUUUGGCUGGAGCGAGAAGGCGCUAAUAGACUAUGAUGCCUUGGUUUGGAGAGAUCAGAUUGUCGACUUCUUGAAGGAGAUCGUGAAAGAACCAGCAGUUUUAGUGGGGAACAGUCUUGGAGGAUUUACUGCUUUGGUAGCAGCAGCGUCACUCACCGAUCAAGUCAAGGGAGUGUCACUACUGAAUAGUGCAGGACAGUUUGGGGAUGCCAGCAGUGCAGCUAAAGAAACUGAAGAAACUGAAGAAACAGCCUUACAGAAACUUAUUCUAAAGCCACUAAAGGAAAUCUUUCAACGUGUAUUCCUUGGAUUCUUAUUCUGGCAAGCCAAGCAACCAGCUCGUAUUAAAUCUGUUCUGAAGAGCGUCUACAAAGAUUCUUCAAACGUGGACGAUUAUCUCAUCGAUUCAAUCACCAGACCUGCAGAUGACCCAAAUGCAGGAGAGGUUUAUUACCGACUGAUGACAAGAUUCAUGUCAAACCAGAGAAAGUAUACACUUGAUAGUGUGUUGAGACAACUUUCCUGCCCAUUGCUUUUAUUAUGGGGUGACCUAGACCCUUGGGUUGGUCCUGCCAAGGCCAACCGGAUUAAGGAGUUCUAUCCGAACACAACCGUCGUUAACCUGCAGGCAGGACAUUGUCCCCACGAUGAAGUUCCAGAACUAGUGAAUAAAGCUCUAUUGGAUUGGUUGUCAACCACGGUGACACCGGCAUCUUCUCUUGAAACAGUAUCAGAAGUUUAAUCUCAUUGCUAGCAUACAUAUGCAAUGAGCUACACUGUAAAAUAAACUGUAUAGUUGUCCAACAUACAAUCUGAUUCAUAUUAUAGGAGAUUUUGGUGACAUAUGAGAUAGGUUGAUUCGACCUGAUAAGUCAGCUUGGUCCAAAGAGGUUCACAUCUUCUCUUUAUUGUAUUUGUUUAAUUGCACAGAAAGAAGAAAGUUUGGCAUUGAAUCUGAUGUUGUUUGACUGUUUGUUA